UCGACCAUUACAAGUUUGGACCACUCUUCAAUCUUCCCUAUAAGAACUCCUCUUUGCUCUCUUCCUUCUCCCAUUCAAACUUCAACACAAAAUCUCAAAGCUCUAAACCAAGAAAAGCAAAAGAAAGUCCAAGAAUCUCUUGAAAACACUCAAAUUUUCAUCAUUUCUUGAUUUUUUUUCCUCAUCAUAAUUGAGUUAAAGAUGAAGAUGAGUAGCACAAAUAUGGGAAAUUCAAAGAGGAGAAUUUCAAGUAGAGGAGUUGGAGGAGUACUUAGAGAACAAAGGGCAAAACUUUACAUUAUUAGAAGAUGUGUGGUUAUGCUCCUUUGUUGGCAUGAUUGAAAGAGCAAAAGAAAAAGAGAAGAAAAAAAAGGGAAUUAAUUAAGGGGUUUAAUUUUCUCUAUAUUUUUUAUAUUUUUCUUUUCCCUCUUCUUGGGAGUGUACAUAUCAAUGGAGGAUAUUAGCUAAAAGGGUUUAACAAUUUUGUACUAAUUUAGCUUAUUAAGGUUUCUUGUAUACAUAUCGGAUAGUUUUAAUUAAGGAAAAUGAUUUUGAUUA